AUGACAGCUGACGAACGACAAAGAUCAUAUAUACAGAACAUUGACCUAGUCGUCGAGCUGGACGCGUAUAGUAGUGAGAACUGCACGAAGGUCGAGACAAAGAUUGACCAGUUGCGCAAUAACCAUACAUUCAGCUUGACCUUGCAGGUCCUCUUCAACAAUGUGGCUUCGUGGCCCCCACGGCGAAUCGGAAUUGCUCUUCGUAUCCAGGCGCAGUCUCCAACUGAUUGGGGAUCGCAUCUCGAACAGGGAAGACGACUUGAAGUUGAGCGUUAUGGAGUUGAUCUCCAGGCUGGUAGGUAUAAUAGAUCGUUCCUUGAGAUAAUUGAUGAUUUCAAUACGAAUUGCAUGGAAGUACCUGCCAUAGGCACGCUUAUUGUCGAAGAAUUGUCGAGCGACACUUAUCGCCUUAUUGAACCUCGUGCUACUAUGAUUAUUGCAUCGAAAGUUCCCUAUUUAAAGAAUAUGAAGCUCUAUCUUGAUGACAUGGAGAGAUGGGAUCAUCCUAUGGCUCCGUUCAGUGGAUCGAAUAUUGAAAAACGACUGAAAAAUAGAUACAGUUUUGCCAAGUCAUUUGCCUUGUGGCCCCACCGUUCUCUCCGGAGCCUCUAUCUCCGUUUCAAAAGCGAAGCUCCCGAAGACGACUCGGCAACGCCGCGAGAUCUAAGGAUCGACGGCAAAGAUACCUUCAGCGAUUAUCUGCGGCUCUACUCUCAAAAUCUUACUAGGCUCGACCUAGUUGACGUCGUCAUCGGACCUGCAAUCUUCAGAGCUCCACCUCCGCCUACUGCCUAUACCCAUCCUGAGAUUCCCGAAUGGGUCAACAUGACGCAUUUCCGUGUAGACUACACAUCAGUCACAUCAGAUGGCCGGUGGUGGUACACUAUAGACCCAAAUGACACUUUCUUGCGAGAGCAAGGUCCAAUUACUGAAUACCGUCCCAAUAACGCUUUCCGGUCCAAGGUGGAUGAAUACCUCCUUAAUGACCUGUACUUAGCUGCUGGUAAGGCUGCGAUGUGUAUGCCAGAUCUUCAGGUCUUGCAUCUCGAAUCUCAGUCGAGGCUGGGUUGGCAUAGCUUCCGCUUUGAAGUGAGUGAGUGGCAGGCCAGGGCUACCUGGUCUGAUAUGCUGGGUUUUAUACCUAGUGCUGAAGUGCAGAAGCUUUGGAAGGAGGUUGGUAAAGCAUUUAUGGUUCCUUAUACAAUGACUCUUACGAAGGAACGUUGGGGAGAUGAUAUUCAGGAAUUACCUGGGUAG